GGGAAUUGAUCAAACCUGGCGACAAGAAGUGUGUCCUGAAUGAGGGGAUGCCCAUACACCGCCGACCGUUUGAAAAGGGACGCCUCAUUCUCCUCUUUUCGGUGGUAUUCCCCGCAGCCAACUUCCUCCCCAAGCACAAGCUGAAGGAGCUAGAGCACUACCUUCCUGCCAAGAGUGAGGCGGAGCAGCCCGAGAGUAUGGACGACAACCUCUACAUCUACGCCGACCUGGAAGACUGCGACCCGGCCAGAGUAAGACGCAGUCAAUACCACUACAUGGUGGAGGAUGACUACCCAUCUGCUGGUGGGGUCCAGUGCCAGACCUCAUAAGCCCCCUCACCUCUAACCCCAGGCCCCUCUGGAUACAUGCACAAUCUGCAUAUACAUUUUUUAUUCUCUCAACUUACAAUGCUAACUGCUGUGCUGAAGCGGUCCUUUGGGCCGGAUACCUGGAUCUACGUUCCAAUGCGACUCGGCUGCCUUUUACUUGGAUCGUGUGCCUGAGUGGCUGAAAUGGAUUUCUGGUUAAAUUCCUUAGAUUGAGAUUUUGGAAGCGCUAUGGAUGCUGUCACUGACUUUUUUUUAAAGUGUUUGUAUAUUAGCAGGUUUUGAACACCCGCUGUCUUUGCUUUGACGUCACGGUGAGUACCGUUGGCAAAAAAUAUAUAUAUAUUUUUUUUUUGGCAUCCAAAGGUCACGAAAGAAGAUAGUUGGAAGCUAUAAUUCAUGUUGCCUAAUUGAAUCCUCGCAGUGAAGAACCAUAUAGGCCUUUGUGCAUAUUGUUCCAUUUUAGAAUAAUUAAAUGUUUUUGUAUUCCACAUUAGCAUAGUUGAAAGAUACUUGCCAAAUAUUACACUAUUUAGUUUUUAUUCAUUUUUAAUAAUGAUGUAAUGAUGCAUGUUUAUCUCCAUUUCAUGAAAUGCACAUUGACCUUGUGGUUCUUCAUCCGAAUCAUCCUAUCUUCUGUAGUAUGGCAUACUUGGUUAUGUUCAACUGAUGAUGGAAAAAGUUAUUUACCCCAUUUGUACGAUCUAGAGUUGUCUAAUCUGUUUAAUUCUACCACUCUUCAUGGGAAUUAGUCAAACUGUAAAUAAACUUUCAAUAGGCAUCAAGCCGUUC